AUGAUCAGUGCUACGAACAAACUGAUCAAACAAACUCAUGUUCGUCAUGAAAAGAAAAUCCAAAGGCUGGAGAAGGAGAUUUGGAAAAAGGACAAGAUGAAUUUGAUUAUGCAACAGGUCCUCAUCAAGCUGCUCCGAGCAUGCUUGAAUAUUGUUGAUGUUCCGAACAACAAGUUUGAAGAAUGCUCACGAUUUUUGGGUUCGCUGUUUGACCAUCUAAAAGCUCAAGCCCCCACCGUCGAAUCCUACGAAUCUCUCUCCAAACAUAUAAACAUGAGCUUUCAACAAGUGUUCGAACGCUUAACUGAACUUCAGACCAAUGCCAGACUUGCAUCGGAUGUUGGGCCUUCCGACGCAAUAGGGGGAGAAUGA